GGGGGCAGUAGUCUGGAAGGGGUGCUUGAAACAGCGACUGUUAGUCUUUGCUGAUGGGAGACAGGGGAGUGUGAGUUGCUCUAGCUUCAAAUAUUUUUUUUUCCUUCUUCUUUCCCCUACCGCGGCUUUUGAUUCUUUGAGUUGAUGCAGAGAAAAAGCACUUACUUUUACACAUUGCAUACUUGGGAGCCCUUUGUAAGUGCCUGAGCGCAUGUGUGGGCACUCUGCUCCUGCAGCUGUGUAGGUUGUGUUCAGUGAUCACACUGCUGUGUUGAUUUUUUUAUUUUUUUUUUUACCACCGAUUAUACACUGCACAGCAGAGACGAACUGUUUUAACACCAACAGUACCUGGAAAUUAAACUUUUUUUUGCGUGCAUGUAGCCUUUUUAGGCAACUCUUGGACUGUGUUUUCGAGCAUCCUGCGCAUCUCAGGAGUGAAUAACUGCUUGCACUGUUUGCACUCAGCUCAAACUGUCACAGAGUGGGAGAAAAGAGCUGAGUUUGCUUUAAAGUGAACCAGAGGAACCCAGGAGAGAGAGAGGGGGGAGAAAGAGCAAGUAUCCCGCUCUCCCUUUAAACCGGACAGCAUGGUGCAGAAAAUGAGCCACACGGAGAGCACCGCCGAGGCGCUGUCCUUUUUCACCGGGGACUCGGGCUCCGAAUCCGGGGCGUGCAUGGACCUGGACCCGGCCGCCUCGCCUCUCUCCCCGGCGGGCUCCGCUGCCUCCUCCACCGCCGGCGACAAGCUCGGGGACAACCCGGCUUGGUGCAAAACUCCCAGCGGCCACAUCAAGAGACCCAUGAACGCGUUCAUGGUGUGGUCGCAGAUCGAGCGGAGGAAGAUCAUGGAGCAGUCCCCGGACAUGCACAACGCCGAGAUCUCCAAGCGGCUGGGGAAGCGCUGGAAGCUGCUGCGAGACAGCGACAAGAUCCCCUUCAUCAGGGAGGCAGAGCGGCUGCGGCUCAAGCACAUGGCGGACUAUCCCGACUACAAGUACCGGCCGAGGAAGAAGGUCAAGUCGAGCGCAUCCAAGCCCGGCAGCAGCAGCGACAGGGGAGAAAAAGUUACCGGCGGCUCCAGCAACACCAGCAGCACCAAGACGUCCUCGUCUGCGAGGAAGAGCGGACCCAAAUCACCCAGCAGCAGCAGCAGCGGCAGCAUCAGCAGCAGCAGCAAACCCCAAAAAUCACCUUUCGGGAGCAGCAGUAGCACCAAAGCGUCGCUCUUUGCGUCUGAGCACCCGCCGGAGCACCACCACAACUCCCUCUACAAGUCCAAAUCCGUCUCCUCGGCGGCCAAGCAGAUACCUGACGCCAAGAAGCCCAAGAGAGUGUACGUUUUCGGGAGCGGCGCGGCCAGCCUGAGCGUCAGCCCCACGUCCUCGGUGGUGGUGCCGGCCAGCCCGACGCUCAGCAGCUCGGCGGACUCCAGCGACCACCCGCUCAGCUUCUAUGACGACGCGGCCAGCGGCAGAGAGGAGGGCGCCGACUCCCCCGCCAGCAGCAGCGGCGGCAGCAGCAGCGGAGGCGGCGGAGGCUUCAGCGGGGUUUCGGAGCGCCGCAGCGGCCACGCGUACAGCGGCAGCCGGCGGGCUUCGUCGCCCACUCCCUCCGCCUCGCGCUCGUCCGUCUCCUCGUCCUCCUCGUCCUCCUCCUCGUCGUCCUCGGAGGACGAGGAGUUCGAGGACGACCUGCUGGACGUCAACCCGAGUCCGAGCUUCGACAGCAUGUCGCUGGGGAGCUUCGGCUCCUCGGUGCUGGACAGGGACUGGGACUUGAACGGCGAGUCCGUGUGCGGGGGUUCCCACUUCGAGUUCCCCGACUACUGCACGCCCGAGGUCAGCGAGAUGAUCUCGGGCGACUGGCUGGAGUCCACCAUCUCCAACCUGGUGUUCACCUACUGACUGAGCGCGUGAAGUCGCAGCCGCGUACGGGAAACCAGAGUAGCUCCUGCGUCACCGGUAGGUUUCACUACUGCAAACCCGUGGAAAGCUUAACUCUGAAGCGAACAACUUGCCUUUUUUUUACCCCCCCCUCCUCUGGACUUAACUUGGGAUGUGUGGACUGAGGGAGUCGGGGGGGAAGGAAGGAAGGAAGGACGGAGGGAGGGAGCCGCCGAAACAAGAGGAGACAUAAAAAAGGAGAGACGGACCGAGAGUUUCCUGGCAGCUCAGUCCUGGACGGUUUCAAACUGAGUAACUAAACUGUGAUUGAUUUGCACGUAAAUGCGGUCCGCCGUACACUUAAUCAAUGUCGUCGAUGAAUUUUUGAGCGAAAAAGGGACAUUUUCCACAACUUUUUAAACCAACCGCCAAGUGAACUUCACCACUAAAAGAAAAAAACAAAACAAAACACACAAACGGAGAAAAAAAAAGGUACAGUCUAGGACUGCCCGUGCGACAGGUUUUUUAUUGUAUCACCAAGAUGCUUUUUAAUGAAACCGAGGUGGGUUGUUGGGUUUUUUUUUAAAGUUAUUUUCUCAAGAAACUUUAAAAAAAAAAUGCGUGUUAAGCAUGAUGGCCUACUUUGUUCCUAUAUCUUGUGCUGAGAUUUUCUGUGCGACUGUUCAAGCAGUUUGUAAACUAGUAUUAGGGUUAUUUAAAAAGGAUUUAGGUGGCGCUCGCUUCGGUUCUACUUUUUUUUUUUUUAAUGGAGAAGAAAAAGGACUUUGAAAUGAUCACCAGCUCACUUCAGGACACACACACACACACAACUUCAAGUCUGUGCUGAACUCUACAUUGUUUUUUCUUCCUCUAUGUAUGCAGGACCAAAAUUCUGUAAUGUUAAUUUCCAGAUCAUAGCUAUAGAGAGAAAUCAUCAGCGAUUUCUUUUGUCCUUUUUUUGUGUUUUUGUACACCUAUUCAGAUGCCAUUUUUAUAUGGGGGAUGUUGUAUUUAUAUACUGGGCCAAGCAUCUUUUGUUUUUGUUAUUUCUUGUACACACGACCCUGUCAGUAUGUCUGUCUGUCACAUUUCCUUCUCAGGCGAAGGGCUAGAGUUUUAAAGAACACACGACUUUUUGAUUUCCUUUUUAUAUUUAAAUGUAUACACUUUUUUGGACACUUAAAAGAGAGGAAACAGGUUGAUUAUUUUCUCAGUGUAUUUUUGUACAAAUCUAUAUCGAACACGGGGGUGUGAGUAGCCUAACUAACACAGCUGCAUUGGAUUUCCUUGUUUUUUAAUGCCCUCAGCAGGCUGGGUUUUUUUUCCCCAUGCUGCCUUCAAGUGCUCAUGAAAAGCUCGUUAAUUUAGGCUAUUUAGCUUUAGUGGACUAGAUCAAACAGCAGAGCUUACCUUUUUAAAACACUGUGGUGCCUAUUUGAAUUUUUUUUUUCUUGGAAAAAAAAAAAAUCAAAGGCACCCUGACACUUUUUGACAGAAGAGAUGAGUUAACAUGAAUCAGGUGGGUUAUGCCUUAUUUCCCUUAUUUUACAAAAGAAAAAAAAAAUCCAGAAACCCUCUUUAAGCCCUCUUUGAUGUCAAAUCCUUGAACAUCUGCAGCACAGACGUGACACAAUUUAAGUGAUUGGGACGUAAUUGCGGUUGUUCCGACGGCACUUGAAAGCAGCAUCAGUCUCAACCCCCUUUUUUCAACGUUUACAGUGCCAGACUGCAGGCUGUCUUUUUUUUUUUUAAAGACACAGGAGCAGGAGUAUUUUUAAGAGGCUCUUCCUGUGGGACCAUGUGAUUUAAACAGCAGCACUAUCCUAAAAAGCAGCCUCUUGCUUUUUUUUUUUUAACUUAAGAUUUUUUUUUUGGUUUUUUUUGCAUUACAUGUCCAACAUCUCGAAGAUUGUAGCUUUAAAUUUGACUUUGUUUCUUGAUGUUUUCACUCACUGAUGUCACAUCUUGCCAAUGGAGGUGGGCUGUCCAUAUCACAAGCAAACAAAGAUGACAACAUCAAGCAUAUUCAAAUUUCUGACCUGAGUUGCGCGACACUUUCUUGCUCUGCGUUUCUCAUUGUAUUUGAAUAAUAUAAUCUUUUCUACUUGUCGGCUAACUACUAGCUAAUAAUUGUUUUAGUAUCUUUAUGGCAUGGUGAAUAGCAUUUGUAUUUCAGAUUCAGGUUAUUAUUAGCUGUUGUGUUUUUUCAGAAAAAAAGAACAGAGGAAAAAAAAAGAGGAAAAAAAACAAUUAACUUGACCUUUGUAUAUUUGACUGUACCAUAAAGCAAAAAGAUUGUGUGUUUAUGUACGUCGUUGCUAUCGAGGACAGGCACUGUUUAGAACUGCUAUCUUUUACACAUCCUUACUUACAUUUAAGGUGGUCAGUUCAGACUGUUUUUUUUUAUAAAUAUAUAAAUAUAUGAAAGCAUUUUUAAAUAUAUUAACUUUAUUUUUCAUCCAUCCUGUGCAAUAUGCUGUGUAGAAUUAUCAUUUAUUGUCUUUAAUCAUGCCAUAAACAAAGAAGCCGCCCCUUUUUUUCUGAUUUAAAAAAAAAAAGGGGUUAGGUUGACUCAUGCCAGCUAAAUUUUGUCCAUUCACUGCCUGUCAGAUUGUUGAUACAAACUUGUGUACAGAACUUUUUCAAGGAAGGAAAUAAAUAUCAGCUGGAACUGAAA